UUAAAGUUUAUCUCACAGGUCAUCAGUUGUGACUCUACUGUGUGUUUCUGUUUGACAGCUCUGUGUGUUGUGGAGUCAGCUGGCACUAAGGAAGUGGUGGGAGGACAUGUCAUGUUCGGCUGCUCGUUCACGUUGGCAGGAACCAACAACAAAUACUUCUGCAAGGGGACAUGUUCUGGUAAAGACAUUCUGGUUAAAACUAAUGGUAGCAAGAAUGUAACUCAAGAUCGAUACAGUAUAGAAGACAACAGAGAUGGAGUCUUCUAUGUGACCAUCAAGAACCUGAUGAAGACAGACUCUGGGACCUACUGGUGUGGAGUGGAGAGAUAUGGCCUAGACUCAUACCAAGAGGUGCAUCUCACAGUUACAGAUGCUCCUCCCACUUCUACAACCUCACCUGUCACCUCCCGACGCCAUGUCUCCACAUCCCUUCUAAACCUCUCUACAACCCUCCCAAACCUCUCUACAACAUCCUCUAACCUCUCCACAACCCUCCCAAACCUCUCCAACAUCCCCAAACACCUCCUCAACCCUCCCAAACCACAUCAGUGGUCACCUAUCAAGAGCUGGUCUGAUGGUGUGGACCAGUGUUGGUCUGGUAGUCAUGGUGACAGUGUUAGGUCUGGUCCUGCUCCUGUUCUACAGACAGAGGAGAGGAACCAGGGGAACACCACCAGUUCCUCCAACACACAACCUGACCCUGCUGGAGAGGUUGUCUGUGUGUACGAGGAGAUCAGAGACAGACAGACAGACACACUUCCUGUGGUCAUCUCUUCAGUCUACUCUACUGUCAAAUCACCUACCAACUCUACAAUCUACCCUACUGAUCAACCAGCUUCUCUCAUCUACUCCAGUGUGGAUCUACCUACAGAUUCUAGAGUCUCUUCAUGUCCUCCAACAGCCAGUGGAAACCAGGAUGAUUCCAUCUAUUCUACAGCCCAGCUACCCAAAGAUACUGUAGAAUCUACAAGAUACCCUGCUGUGCACUCUAAAGACACUCCAGAAGAUGCCCCUACUCUACAGCCCAGCUACCCACAAUAA